GAGAGAGAGAGAGCGAGAAGCUAAACUUGCACCGUGCUGAUCCACAAGACCAAACUCUCCACUGCAGGAUGCCGUCGUUGGUAGAGUCGCCAGGGAUGGUGUCAUUGCUCCGGCAUGCUGCCGAGGAGCGGCGGUCCAAGCGGGGGGGCGGUGGGAUGUUUCGGAUGUUCAAGCUGCUCCCCAUGCUGACUUCUGGUUGCAAGAUGGUGGCGCUACUAGGCAGCAGGCCGGGCAAGGCGAUGCUGGCCGACAAGGCGAUCGCCGUCACCUUGUUCGGGUACCGGCGAGGAAGGAUCAGCUUGGCGAUUCAGGAGGAUCCCAGGUCGCCGCCCUUCUUCCUCAUAGAGCUGCCCAUGCACACCAGCUUCCUCCACAAGGAAAUCGACUCCGGCCUGGUGAAGCUGGCACUCGAGAGCGAUACCAGGACGCACCGGAAAAAGCUGGUGGAGGAGUACGUGUGGGCGGUGUACUGCAACGGCCGGAAGUCGGGGUACUCGAUCAGGAGGAAGAAUGUCACCGACGAGGAGCGGCACGUGAUGCAGCUGCUGAGGGGGGUGUCGAUGGGCGCCGGCGUGUUGCCGUGCCUCUCCGAGAAGGACACAGCCGACGGGGAACUCACGUACAUGAGGGGGCGGUUCGAGAGAGUGGUGGGAUCCAAGGACUCGGAGUCGUUCUACAUGAUCAACCCCGACGGCUCCGGCGAGGCGGAGCUGAGCAUCUUCCUGGUGAGGCUGAAGUAAAGGAUUCUUCUCUGGCUCUCCAUGCAUGUAUUAUUCCUACGUACGUGCACUGCAUGCAUAGCCUGUGAAUACAGGGGGAUCAUCAUGAUCUGUGUAGGUAUCAUCUCUUACUGUUCUUGCCUUCCAUCUUUUUUAGCUUGGCUUGUAUUUGGGGAUUGGGACAGACACAAAAAUCACG